UGUGCUGCCUAAAAACUUUUUUUAAGGUUAUGCCUUCGUCACCUACCACAUUUUUCUUUAGCGGCUCAAAUCUAUUCUAAGUUAAAUUCUAAAAAUUGGAAUCCGAAAAAUAUUUAUAAACUUAUUUAAAAUCUAAUAAUGCGUUCAAAGUAUUAAACAGCAUCGAUUGCUAAAAUGGUGCAACCAGUUCCUGAAAAUAUUGACUUUCCAAAGGAAGAAGAAAAGAUUCUGAACCUUUGGAAAGAUAUUAACGCAUUUCAGGAGUGUUUAAAACAGUCUAAAGGCAAACCAAGGUACUCGUUCUAUGAUGGCCCACCGUUUGCAACAGGUCUGCCGCACUACGGUCAUAUAUUGGCUGGCGCAAUUAAGGAUGUUGUGACCCGUUAUGCCCAUCAGAAUGGGUUUCAUGUGGAACGCCGUUUUGGAUGGGAUACUCAUGGGUUGCCAGUUGAAUACGAAAUCGACAAGACGUUGGGAAUUAAGGGACCUGAUGACGUCAUGAAAAUGGGAAUUGCCGCCUACAACAGUGAAUGCCGUAAAAUCGUGAUGAGAUAUUCGACUGAAUGGGAGACAGUUGUUAAGCGUAUUGGUCGAUGGAUCGACUUUGAAAACGACUACAAAACUCUGUACCCGUGGUUCAUGGAGAGCGUCUGGUGGGUGUUCUCCGAACUGUGGAACAAGGGCUUGGUGUACAGGGGGGUCAAGGUCAUGCCCUUCUCGACCGCUUGCAGCACUCCUCUCUCGAACUUCGAGUCGGGACAGAACUUCAAGGAGGUCGUCGACCCUUGUGUUGUCGUUUCGUUUCCAUUGAUCACUGAUCCCAGUGUAGCUCUUGUGGCUUGGACUACCACGCCUUGGACUCUACCCAGCAACCUGGCUCUCUGUGUCAACCCCACAUCUAUCUACGUUAAAGUCAAAGAUAACGCGACUGGAAAAGUGUACAUUUUGAUGGAGGCCAGACUGGAGUCGCUGUUCAAGAAGGAAGAUGAAUACACAGUGCUGGAGAAAAUGGAAGGAGCCAAACUGGGAGGAUUGAAGUACGAGCCCAUUUUUCCGUUUUUCAAACAAAUCACGACCGGCUUCCGUGUGCUGUGCGACAACUAUGUGACAGAGGAGUCGGGUACUGGUAUUGUCCACCAGGCGCCUUACUUCGGAGAGGACGAUUACCGCGUUUGUGUGGCGAACGGAGUGGUCACCCGCGAUCAGGACAUCAUCUGUCCCGUCGACUCCAGCGGUCGCUUCAUGGAGCCUGUCGCCGAUUUCAAGGGCAUGUAUGUCAAGGAUGCAGACAAGGAGAUAGUGAAACAGCUGAAGAGCAGAGGGCGUCUGGUGAACGCGAGUACAGUGAAGCAUAGCUAUCCGUUUUGCUGGCGGUCUGAGACGCCCCUCAUCUAUAAGGCAGUACCGUCCUGGUUCAUUCGCGUAGAACACAUGAGCAAGGAGCUGCUCAAGAGCAAUUCAGAGACUUACUGGGUGCCCGACUUCGUGAAGGAGAAACGGUUCGGCAACUGGUUGCGGGACGCGCGCGACUGGGCGGUGAGCCGCAACCGGUACUGGGGUACGCCCAUUCCGCUCUGGGUGUCCGCCGACGGCGAGGAGAUUGUCUGCGUCAGCAGUAUUGCGCAGCUUAAACAGCUGACUGGCGUCGAGGUCACCGAUCUGCACAGGGAGAGCGUCGACCACCUCACAAUCCCAUCAGCGCGAGCGGGCCAACCGCCUCUCCGCCGCGUCACCGAAGUGUUUGACUGCUGGUUCGAGUCGGGGUCAAUGCCCUACGCCCAACUGCACUACCCGUUCGAGAACCGGGCGGAUUUCGCCGACCGAUUUCCGGCCGACUUUAUCGCCGAAGGCAUCGACCAGACGCGCGGCUGGUUCUACACACUGCUAGUCAUCUCCACAGCCCUCUUCAAGCGGCCGCCCUUCAAGAACCUCAUCGCCAACGGGCUGGUACUGGCCGCUGACGGCCAGAAGAUGUCCAAAAGCAAGAAGAACUAUCCGGAUCCUAUGCAGGUGGUGAAUAAAUUUGGCGCCGACGCGCUGCGUCUGUAUUUGGUGAAUUCGCCCGUGGUUCGCGCCGAGAAUCUGCGCUUCAAGGAGGAAGGAGUGCGCGAUGUGUUGAAAGACGUCUUCCUGCCCUGGUACAAUGCCUAUCGCUUCCUCAUACAGAACAUCGAUCUCUACAAUCGGGAGUACAAAACUACAUUCAAAUACAACGAGGACAAACUCCAGCCUGAGAAUAUAAUGGAUAAAUGGAUUUUGUCGUUCACUCAGUCGCUGCUGGCCUAUGUGAGAAAAGAGAUGGCCGCCUAUCGGUUGUACUCGGUUGUGCCCAGGCUGGUGCAAUUCAUUGAUAACCUCACCAACUGGUAUGUGCGCAUGAAUCGUCGCAGGCUCAAGGGCGAGGGUGGUGCCAAAGACUGCGAGCAGGCCCUUUCAACCCUUACAGGUGUACUUUUCGCCAUGAUAAGAAGUAUGGCGCCCUACACACCCUUCCUCACCGAGCUAAUGUACCAGAACAUCAGGCAUUUGACGCACAAGCCCGAGAAGAGUGUCCACUUCCUUAUGAUGCCGCAGCCACGACAAACGCUUAUAGAUGAAGGCAUUGAACGAGCCGUAUCAAAGAUGCAGAGCAUUAUUGAGUUGGGACGUGUGAUUCGAGAUCGCAAAACGAUUCCUAUCAAGUACCCGUUACCGGAGGUGGUAGUGAUAGUGAACAGUGAGGAGAGCGUAGAGGAAGUGAGUUCACUGCGCAACUACGUCACUGAGGAGUUGAACGUGCGUAAGGUGACCAUCACAGCUGACAAGACCAGCUAUGGAGUGAUGCUGCGGGCGGAGCCGGAUCACAAGACGCUCGGUGCGAGACUCAAGGCCGCGUUCAAGCCUGUUAUGGCUGCUGUUAAGCAACUGACAGACUCGCAGCUGCAACAGUUGCAGCGUGAAGGAAGCCUUGAAGUGGCGGGCCAUCGGCUGGAGCCAAGUGACGUGCGCAUCAUGUUCAGUUUCACGGGCCCCGCCGCGCAGGAGUUGGCCACCAAGUAUGAGGUGCACAAGGACAAUGAUGUACUUGUCCUCUUAGACGUCACCCCCGACGAGGCCAUGCAAGAGGAGGGCGUGGCCAGGGAGGUGAUAAACCGUGUGCAAAAACUGCGCAAGAAAGCGCAUCUGGUGCCCAGUGACGUCAUCACCGUUCACUAUCAGGUGACACCCGCUAGCAGUGAGUUGGCCUCCAUCACCAACCGGCAUACAGACUUCAUUGCCGCCCAGCUUAAGGCCCCGUUUGUGCAGCACAGUGACGUCACCACGGGGCGUGUCAUCAUACAGGAGGUGCAACAGCUGAAAGGUGCCAACCUCUCUCUGAUCCUGACUGGAGAAGGUGUCAGUACUACCACUACAUCAGACUCUGCCACUACAAAACUACCUUACUGCAAGUAUGUCAGCGUUAGUCUGACCGGUGGUCUAAGUCCAGGCCUCGGUUUGACAGGCGAUAGCGGCUCAAUCCUGCUCGAGAACCCAGUCGGCGAAAAUGUGCUGACACUGCAACAGCUGACCGACGAAGUUAGGACACUGUUCGGCCUGCAGGGUCGCUCCAUCACUUUAUUAGACAGCGCCGGAAAACAGCUAACUCAGGCGUCCAUGUCAAAAAUCGCGUCGACUGUGAUCUACGCGCGGCCAACCAAUGGCCCGGCUUCCCUCCAAAAUUCGACCAAUGGCAGCGCGGCGCGCCAAAAUUCGAAUAAGCCGACCAAGUUUGUGAAUUUGGAGUGCGGUGCUAGGAAGGCGGCGCUGUUUUUGGAGAACCCCCUGGGCGACUUGUUGUUGGAUACCGAGGGCGCCACUAAACAGAGGGUGGCCGAUAUUUUUGGACUGGGUGUGGAGAAAAUUAAGCUGGGUGCUGAGAGUAAUGGUGUCAUUACUGUGUCUACUUAGAGUGGACUUGAGUUUGUAACAUCAAGACCCGGUUGCACAAAAGUCGGUUAAAUUUUAACCGUGAUUAAUUUCAUGAGAACCAAUCAGAGGCCUCUUAAAAAAGACGGCUUCUCUGAUUGGUUCUCGUGAAAUUAAUCACGGUUAAUAUAAAAAACAAUCGGAUUUUAACCAUGAUUAAUUUCCCGAGAACCAAUCAGAGAAAAAGGCGUCUUUUAGAAAAUACUGCUUCUCUGAUUGGUUCUCGUGAAAUUAAUGACAGUUAAAAUUCAACCGGCUUUUGUGCAACCGGCACUCAAUACUGGGAAUAAUUUAUGCCAUUACUAUGUCCACUGUGUCUACAGUAAAUUUGGGAUUACACCCAUAUCGUGACUUGAAUUUGUAACAUUUAAUACUGGGAAUAAUGAUAACAUUACUAUGUCCACUUCAGUAGAUUGGAGACUGUGGGUUGUUUUUAUAAACGAUUUUAACAACACUGUUUCAGCUAAGUAAGCUUUUGUGAACAUAACAAACCAGAACUAUUUUAGUAGUUUAACUAUUAUUGCGGUUUCUUUUAUUGGUUGCUUAGCAAUAAAACGGGCUUUGCUAAGACUGUUCUUUAUAAUCUUUUAUCAAUUCUUAAGCUGCGUUUAAAACUAAGUUAUUAUAUUAACAAAAUGUUAAUAAAUUGAAACUUAAUCCUUAUAGAUUCUAUUAGAUUGAACGGAACUUUACAAACUCAUUUGUUCAUCAUGCGUAUGAUAAAGAUUAUGUUCAUUCUAAUAGAAUCUAAACGGAUUAAGUUAUUAACAUUUUGUUAAUAACUUUGGUGUAAAUACAGCUUUAUUCUUAUAAUUCUCAAUACUGAAUAUUAAUUUAACGAUUAUGAUUGGAUCCUGUUAUUGGUUGGUCAGCAAUAAAACGUGCUUUGUUAAGACUGUUCUUGAUAAUCGUUUAUAAAUACUGUACCUUUGACAUCGGGUGUAACCAUAUAGGGCACUUUGCUCAGUGUGAGUUAGAACCUAACCCGGUGAAUUUGAUGUAGCUAUGGCAUAAUUUAUUGUUAAGUGAUGGGUUUUCAAUUGAAAUCAUCCUAUUAUUUUCUUCAGAAUAAUGAUCUGUGCUAAUAGCCUGUCACUUGAAGUAGAAACUUCAGUCUAGUUUGAAGAUGAGAAUAUUUUUUAGUCGAAGGUUUAAACUUGUACGGUUUUAUUUAUUGUGUUAUUAUUACUACUUCUGUUGAAUUACGGUAUGUGAUAAUAAAAAUAAAGUGGAUUAU